AUACAUACAUAAUUCCGACUAUCGUUUUUAGUACCUUAAACGUUUUGUCACGUUGCACAUCGAAUUAAUUCAUUCAUACAUAUCUUUCUUCUAUAUAUUUAAAAUUGAAAUAGUUUUUUAAAAAUGGCUCAUCAAUGUAGUUGUGGAGGUAUACAUAAUGAUGGAGAAUUGGGUGUACAAUAUAAUUUAUACCAAAAAAUUGAUAUAGAAAACAUAGAAUGUUUAAAUGAAUAUGAGGAAGGUAGUGGGGCUACUGUAUUUAAAUCAUGGGAAAAUAGAUUAGAUAGAAAUAAAUAUGUCGAAAGUGAUAUGGAUAAUGAACUUCUGUUUAAUAUCCCUUUUACUGGAAAUAUAAAAUUAAAAGGCCUUAUUAUUAUAGGAGGAGAAGAUGAUUUUCAUCCAAAUAAAGUAAAACUGUAUAAAAAUAGACCACAUAUGACAUUUGAUGAUAUUAACACAGAACCAGAACAAGAGUUUGAUUUAUGUAUAGAUACAAAUGGGAUACAUGAAUAUUCUCUUAAGAUAGUUAAAUUUUCAUCAUUAUAUCAUUUAAGUUUACACUUUAUUGGUACUGAAAGAACAGAUAAAAUAAAAAUUUAUUACAUUGGAUUAAAAGGAGAAUGGUCACCUGCACAUCAACAUGGUGUUACUAUUUGUACUUAUGAAUUACGUCCACAAAUGAAUGAUCAUUCAAGAGGAGAUCUUGAAAAUAUUGACAGAGCAAUUAGUUGAUUUUAUAUUAAAAAGUUAAAACUUCACUUUAUAUAAAAAAAAUAAAAAAAAUAAAAAUAAUUCUGAAGAUCAAUAAAUAUUUGUAUUCAAAUGAA